AUGCACCAUUCUGCAAAUGAAUGUAGGCAAGUGUUUAUUUUGAAACUGCGUAUGCUUUGCACUGUGCUAGGAAUGAGGGAGGUCACAGGAGGCUCCAGUGGCAUUGGAAAGUGCAUUGCUAUCGAAUGCUACAAACAAGGCGCAUUCAUAACUCUGGUUGCACGAAAUGAGGAGAGGCUGCUGCAGGCAAAGAAAGAAAUUGAGAAGCACUGUAUUAAUGACAAACAGGUGGUGCUUUGUAUAUCAGUUGACGUAUCCCAAGACUACAGCCAAGUGGAGAAUGUCAUAAAACAAGCACAGGAGAAACUGGGCCCAGUGGACAUGCUUGUAAACUGUGCAGGAAUGUCAAUUUCAGGAAAAUUUGAAGAUCUUGAAGUUAGUACUUUUGAAAAACUGAUGAGCAUUAACUACCUGGGCAGCGUGUACCCCAGCCGAGCUGUGAUCACCACCAUGAAGGAGCGCCGGGUGGGCAGGAUCGUCUUUUUGGCGUCCCAGGCGGGACAGGUGGGACUCUUCGGUUUCACCGCCUACUCUUCGUCCAAGUUCGCCAUCAAGGGUUUGGCUGAAGCUCUGCAGAUGGAGGUGAAGCCAUAUAAUGUCUAUGUAACCGUCGCCUACCCGCCUGACACAGACACACCUGGGUUUGCAGAAGAAAACAAAACAAAGCCUUUGGAAACCCGUCUUAUUUCAGAGACCACGUCUAUUUGCACACCAGAGCAAGUGGCCAAACAGAUUGUUAAAGAUGCCAUACAAGGGAAUUUUAACAGUUCCGUUGGCUCAGAUGGGUACAUGCUCUCGUCCCUGACCUGUGGAAUGUCUCCAGUCACUUCUAUUACCGAAGGGCUCCAGCAGGUGGUCACCAUGGGCCUUUUCCGCAUGAUCUCUUUGUUUUACCUUGGAAGUUUUGACAACAUAAUUCGUCGCUGCAUGAUAGAAAGAGCCAAAUAUGGAACUGCAGACAAAACUGCCUAAACCUUGGAAAAGGAAUAUUUCUAAAGAAUGUGAGCAGCUUGCUGCUGGAUGGGACCCAGUGUUUGGCCCAUGGACACUUGUGUAUGGCUUUUGAAUAUGUCAGAUGGGACCAGCCGACUUCGGCAACCUGACUGCAAGCGAGGGGGUAGAGGUUCAACUCCAUGUGAUAUGAUUAAGACUGUGCAGACCUGGGAUUGGAGAGCAUCUGAUUCCCUGGGUGGAGAGGUGAUGACCAUAUGGGAAGUAAUAGUUGUGAGCUGGGUGGAGAACAGGAUUCCAGAGGUGGCCAUUUACAUUUUCUCUAGUUAUUCUUUUCUCUCCCAUGGAGAUUGAGUCCAGGAAUGCACUUCAUGACAUGUAAGAUGCUGUGAGGACUUUUUAAACCUUCAUGAAAGUAAAGUCAUGGGUUUCUGGGGCCUUUUUUUUUUUUUCCUCUUUAAUUUAGUGUAUUUUAUUCAAGAUGAGUUUUACACGUUGCUGGUGAGUCUGGGUGCAUAAUCAUGUCCCCGGCUCACCACACUGCUUGCUGGUGGACCCUCGUGGAUUCUCUCACUCUUUGAUCCUGUAAAACUCCAAGGGGGAUGAGAGAGGGCAGGGAAGGGAAGAGAAGGGAAGGGGGUAGGCAUUUUCCAAUAGGAAAAAUAAUGCUUUCUUGUCUUCUUUAGAUUCAGAUGCUUUGGGCGCUUCUCAUUUUUCACUCAUGGGGAAAGGCAGCUUCCUAAAAUGUUUUUUGAAGAGAAAUAAAAUCUUAGAAGCUUAAAUGUUUACAAUUUUUUUCACUAGCCAUGAUGAGUGAAGUUUCAUUCCAUUGUAGUUUAUCCUGCUCAUCUCUUCCUUUCCAGUUUUGCUUAUACUCCUCUAAUAUUUUUGUAAGAAAAAAAAAACCUGUUAAAAUUUUUUGACUUGACUUUUUGAAUUCAUUCAUGAAUUAAAACAAAGAGAAAAACAAUG